UUUUUGUUUCUUUCUUUCGCUGGAACAUAACGGACGUGUCGUUGCGUCGUCUUCCUCGUCGCGCGCGUGUGUGUGUGGUGUAUGUGUGUACUGAAACAUUUUGGGGUCGUAGCAAAUCGGAGAAAAAUUCUUAAUUAUACAAUACAAUACUCGUGCUUGUUCUCGCAGCGAAUCGAAGUGAUCCAAUUGUGAGAUUUGGCUGCAAAGGAAGAAUACGAAAAGUUAGCUAAAUUACCGCUUGACAACGAAAUUUAUAUUACAUAGUAAAUGCGAAAUACAACAAAGGUUAAUCAUAUUGCUUAAUCAGAGUACUGCGGUUUCAAACGUCUUCGUCUUCCCCAUCUUCUAAACUGGAAUGCAACCAACACCAAACAACCAAAACCCACAACAACAACAACAAGAUCGAAUGGAGUAAAACAGAAACCAAGAACCUUUAAAGAGAGCAGUGAGAGAGAGGCGUCGGCUAACGGCUAAUCAAUUGACAAAGCGCAAAGAGAGAGGGAGAAGAAGCAGAGCGCUGAGUGCGCGAAAUACUCAAACUAACAAAACACUUUUAAACUGUACAUAAAUUACGGCGCGCGUGUUGUAAAGGCGUAAAGAUAGCAGAUUCCACUGAAACACUUGCCAAUACUGGACAGAGUUGCGUGCAAUAUGUGCAACGGUUUUCGGCAACGAGCGUGCGCCACGAAACGCACUGAAUCGAAACGGAACGGUGGGAAUCUAUAAUGCAACAGCAACAGGAAGAAUUCGAUACAGAAACAGAAACUGUAGGGGGAAAGGAAAACAUUUGGAAAAUGUUGUUCCCGAAAACUGAAGAAAAUGCAUCGUUUUCUUAACAUCCAGCAAAAUAUCAAACUUCGCAACUAUCAUCAGUUACUUUUGUAUUUUGUCGCUGCUGCUGGAGGAAGAGCGGAAGUGAGAAGAGGAAGACGGACCGGAACCGGAAAGAGAAGCCUUCGCAAAGGAAGCAGAAAAGGAAGCAGAGCAGCAGCAGCAGUAAAAGUAACAGUUAAAGUAACGUUUAGAGCAACGUCGAGAGUAGUUGAAGCAUAAUAUUAUUCUAUUAGCCCAAUACGUUAACCCAACGCUGCCACUGUUCCUAAGACACUAAAUUUGACACAAAAAAGAAGAAGAAACCACUUGAAAUAAACGUAGACCAUAGUCGUAACCGUAAAACGAAACGCCAACGCCUCUACACAAUAUACGCUACUGAAACACGAAUCCUAUGCCAAUUUUUGAUCAUCAAAUCGCUUAGCACCUAUCAUAGACUCCCAUAAACGCCUCAUCAAACGUCAAAAUCUCAAACGACAGUGUCGCAACUAGACGUUGUUUUCGACAAAUACCCAAAACCCCCACAAAAACAACGCCGAUCUCGCCCCUUUGUCACGCACACCAAAAACACAACAAAAUAGACAAAAAUAAUAAAAAAAAAGGCUGGCUAAGGCUAAGGAAAGCGGAAAAAUAUGGCCACACCCCAAGUCAAGGACUUGGUGUUGCGCUCGCCCGCUGGCUCCUCCGAUGUCAUUUCCUUCGCCUGGCCCCUGCAGAUCGGACACGGACAGGAUAAGCACGACAAUGGCAUCGACAUCAUCGACACCAUUAAGUUCGUCUGCGAUGAACUGCCAUCGAUGUCAUCGGCCUUCGAGGAAACCAAUCUCCACCAAAUUGACACUGCCUGCUAUAAGACUAUGACCGGUCUGGUCGAUCGCUUCAACAAGGCCGUCGACAGUAUCGUUGCAUUGGAAAAAGGAACUUCACUGCCCGCCGAGCGCCUGAACAAGUUCGCUCACCCUAGCCUUCUAAGACACAUAUUGCAAUUAGUUUACAAUGCCGCCGUACUCGAUCCGGAUAAACUCAACCAGUACGAGCCCUUCUCGCCAGAGGUUUACGGCGAGACGAGCUAUGAGCUGGUGCAGCAGAUGCUUAAGCACGUCACUGUCAGCAAGGAGGACACGUUUAUCGAUCUCGGCUCGGGGGUGGGCCAGGUGGUUCUGCAGAUGGCCGGAUCGUUUCCCCUGAAAACCUGCAUCGGCAUCGAGAAGGCCGACACGCCGGCGCGAUAUGCGGAACGCAUGGAUGUUAUCUUCCGCCAGUAUAUGGGAUGGUUUGGAAAACGCUUUUGCGAAUACAAGCUGAUAAAGGGUGACUUCCUGGUCGAUGAGCAUCGUGAAAACAUCACCUCAUCGACGCUGGUUUUUGUAAAUAACUUCGCCUUUGGGCCAACUGUGGACCAUCAGCUCAAGGAACGGUUCGCAGAUCUUCGCGACGGAGCACGGGUCGUGUCCUCCAAGUCGUUUUGCCCGCUGAACUUUCGGAUCACAGACAGAAACCUCAGUGACAUUGGCACCAUUAUGCACGUCAGCGAAAUUCCGCCCCUCAAGGGGUCCGUUUCCUGGACCUGCAAGCCCGUUUCGUAUUAUCUGCAUGUGAUCGAUCGCACCAUAUUGGAGCGAUACUUUCAGCGCCUGAAAACUAAGGGCGGCAACGAUCACGAGAGCGUGGGAACUGUUCGCACCACACGUGAUCGCGCCAAGCGAGAGGCAAACGUUGGCCAACAUCAUCACAACAAUCAUCAUAGCAACAACCACGCCAACAGCAACAACCAUCAGAGGGAUCGGGAGCAGUCGAACGGAGCUACCGCAACUGCAGCUCAUCAGCAACGGCAUCAGUCCCAGUCGCCAGCUAAUGUAAGCGGUGCGGGAAUAGUACUUGCAGCUAGCGGGCAACAAGCAGCUUCCAAAACACGCCAGCAACUGCAGCAUCAGCAUAACCAGCAGCAACGCAGCUUGGACAUGGAAAGCAGCACGGAAAGCGAUGGCGACGCAACGAAUGGCAAUGGUGGCAAUACCACCACUGCCACCAAUACCACCUCCGCCUCCAAUGGCCCGAUGACUAGGAAAGUUUGGUCCGACUGGUGCAGUUCCAAAGGCAAGAGUUCGCAGUCUGACGACGAGGAGAACAACAACUCGAACAGCAAUGGCGGCAGUAAUGGUGGUAGCAUUGGAGGAGGAUCAGUUGGCCGACAGGCUCGGGCUACAACCCAGAAGAAGCGCAAAAAGUUGACUAGGAAGGCUGCGAUAGCCAGCAAAUCUGCUGCCGCUGCCCAAAGGGAAGCGGAGGCGGCAGCGGCGGCGGCGGUAUCCGUACCAAGCAAGGAGUCCAGUUCCAAAGAGGAUCCACCAAGGGCUGCUAGCGCCGGACCUGGUCGCAAAGGACGCAUGAAGAAGGGUGCGCGCGGCAGGAAGUCUUUAAAGAUUGUUGGACUAGAAGCUCUGCACAAGCAAACAGUGUUGAGUACCUCCUUGGAUACCAUGACCAAGAAGUUGCCUGCAGCUCCUGGAACCGUGGAUCAACAGCUUACUGCUUUGCUCACGGAAAACAUGUCGCAUGCAGAGUUGGAUAUUCCAACGGCGCCACAAGACACGCCUUAUGCCUUGCAGAUCCUUCUAGACGUGUUCCGUUCGCAGUACACAUCGAUGAUCGAGCACAUGAAGUCAAGUGCCUAUGUGCCUCAAGUUCAGAAGCAGAUUGCCCAAGAGCAGGAGCGGAUGGCCAGGCUGAAAAACAGAGCCAGCCAGUUGGAUAAGCAGAUAAAAGUGCUGAUCGAUGACAGUGUGGCUUUACUUAAAGUGCGAAUGAACGAGCUGGGCAUCCAUGUAAACUCACCAAACGAUUUGAUCGCCCAGGCAAAGGAGAUUGUGGGUAGACAUAAGGAUCUACAGCACACUGCAAGUCGAAUGCGAAACGAAGUAACCUUCUAUGAGGGCGAACAGAAGCUGCUCCUUAACAAACAACUAAAAAAUCUACCCGAGUAUCAAAAACUCUGUGGUACUGUUAAUGGAAAGGUCAAGCUGGAGGUGCCCCCGGAACUUUCCGAGACCACGGCCCAGGAGCUGGUGCUAAAGGAGAUCGCCAACACGCUAAGUCAACGAAAGAAACUUUACGCCCAGGUGUCCACCAUUGAACAGGAGACUUCGGUUUUGCAGAAGACAGCAGAGGAAAGGUCCACGGCAGCGACGCUCUUGGCACAAGGAACAAAUAUGAUUGUGUCGACCGGAUCAUCUUCCUCCUCCUCUACCACUGUUUGUGCAAGUGCAGUUACGGCGCAGAGCAACAAGUUGAACUCCGUGAAGAACUCUCGUCGCAAUCGCGAGCACCGAGCGCGUUCCCAGGAGUGGCCAGAGGUUCCCGAAGUGGGUAAAAUCCAGGAAAGCAAUCCCGAAGUGCUGGCACAGAAAAUAGUCGAGACCUGCCGCCAAAUCGAAGCUGGCAAGUUCCAAGGAGCAGGUGCGCCCUCAUCGCAAGUGAAUGGCAAGAAUAAAGCAAUUAUAGAGGUCCCACCACCUCCGGCCACUGCUCCAGUGAGCAUUAAAUCCUCGCCUGGGCACCACUAUAAAGACACAACACUGAUGCCAGCACCCAAACAACAACAGCAACAACAGAUGACGCUUUCCCAGCUUCCGAAGUGUGAGCUGCCCGGACUAUCGACUAGUCGCAAACAGGAAUCUCCCAAGGUUGCCAACUUUGAGGAUCGGUUAAAGAGUAUCAUCACCACGGCCUUAAACGAAGAUCAGGAGCAGCGCAGCAAGGCAGUGGAGUCGUCACCCUCUCCCUCACCUCUUCACAGUCCAGCACCCAAGCGAUCAAAGCAGCAUCCGGCUGGAGCGAUAAACCCUGCCCAGUCGCUGCCCAACAAUCUGCACAACAUCAUCACCGUCUCCACGCAGGGUUUGAUGCACCUUAAUGCCAAUACAACAAUAUCCCCAAUAACACCACCACUGCCGGGUCCAGGUGCAGGAGCAACCGCAUCCACUGCGCCGCCUCCCCCAGCGAAUCUUCCUUAUGGGGCUUACGGCGGGGCAGUGGCAAAGACAACGAUAUCGGGGAAGUACCAGGCAGCUAAGGAACCGAAGUAUUCGCCAGUUAGACAGGCACCAUUACCUCCUCCCCCCUCCCACAUGGCAUCUUUGUAUCCAGCUGGACAGCAGACUACUCCGGCGGACCUAGGUUACCAGCGGCGACGCAGCUCUGUUAGUGCCACUAGCUACGAACACUAUAUGGUACAGCAGCAGCAGCAACUCCAGCAACAACAACUCAUGCUAGCAGCCGCUGCUCAUGCGGCCCAGCGUCAACAGAUGCGCGUAGAAGAACAACAGCAGCAGCAGCAGCACCAACACCACCACCACCACCACCACCACCAUCCCCAACACCGUCUGCCGCAGCAUGUGCAGCAUCAGCAUCCGCAUCAGCAUCAUCCCAAUGAGUUCAAGGCACCGCCGGCUGAUAGUCAUCUCCAGCGAUCGAGCAGUCGUGAGCAAUUAAUAGUGGAGCCCCCGCAGACGCAACCGCUGGAGCUGCUGCCUCGAGCAAGUUCCGCCAAUUCGGAUUACAGCGGAUAUCGCAUCCGUCCGCCAAGCAGGCCAAGCUCCAACUCCUCGCAACCAGAUUACACGCAAGUUUCACCCGCAAAGAUGGCUCUGCGGCGGCAUCUGUCGCAGGAGAAGCUGAGCCAACAUGUCACGCCCCAGGCCACACCGCCGCUUCCUGGUCACGGAGGAGCACCCACAUCAGGGAAGACCAUUGGCGAUUUGGUUAACGGGGAAAUCGAGCGAACGCUUGAGAUUUCGCAUCAGAGCAUCAUUAAUGCGGCUGUGAAUAUGAGCACUAGUGGCGCUAGCUUCAUGGAGCGGGCCUUCCUUAAUGAGCGCUCCAACGAUCGUUUGCUGAUCAACUUGAAUGCCCAACGACCAGAGAGAGUUCAUGUUCGUCCGCUCUCCGAAGAAUCGCAGGAUCCACAGCCCACCAGUUAUGCUCAGGAGAGAGGACCUGGUCUAGGUGCUGGUGGAGCAGCAGCUGGAGGUAACAGCAAUCUGGCCACUUUGGCACAUGUAGCCUACGCCCAAAAGGCACAGGGCGGCGCUCGAGCCAACGCAGGAACGGCACCACCCGCAACCCACUCCUCCUCUGCUCGUUCUGGACGUGACUAUCAGCCUGUGGCUUUGCCCCGUGCUGAGCUUAAGGGCAGCAUUGAGGCCUAUUUCCACGAGGAGCAGCAGCAGAAGCAGUCGAAGGGCGCAGGAUCAGCAGGAUCGUCCUCUUUGCGGGGACCGCGUCUUAAUGGUGCCAAUCCUCCAUUGGAAGGUCUAGCAGCAUCGCUGCAGGAUCAUGUCCGUGCCAGAAAGUACAAGGAGGAGACCGAGGAGCGUCAACGACGUGCAGCAGCCGCUGCCUCGUCUUCGGCGGGACCGCCUGCUGGCAUGGAACUGCCAACGCACUAUGCUCAUCAGGCGCCUCCAGCCCACAGCUACCACCACCAUGGUGCAAGCAUCAAUGGAACACCGCACAAAGUAGAACUGGGAAUAAAACGCAGCUCACCGCUGGCGCCGCAUCAGCAACCGCCACGUCCCUCGAAAUUGGCACACUACGAGCCGCCAACGACGCAGCAGCAGCAUGCCCAUGCCCACCUGUACGCCAACGGACAAGUGCUACCUCCGCCUCCAGCUCAUGAUGCGACCACGCCCUCCCCGACGCCCUCGUCAUCUUCAUCGUCCUGCGGACGUCGAAGCAACAGCAACAAUGGAAAGUUGCUCGUGGAUCCACCUUUGCUAAUGAGUCCCGAGAUCAAUUCACUGUUGGGCGACGAAAGGCCUUUGCAGCUGUCGCACCACCAACAGCAGCAGCAGCAAAUGCUGCAUCACCAUCAAUCGCAGCAACAGCAGCAUCUGCAGCUGACCCAACAGCAACUGCGUGUAGCUCAUCUUGGACAUGGUCUUAGUCACGGUCACAGCACCAUGCCCACUUUGGGCGGACAACGCAAUGGCAAUGGCAAUGCCGCCGACGAUGUUAACGAUUUGGCAACGCAACGUACUAUAACUAAUUACGAUCCCAGACGUCGCCUUCGCACGACUUUGUCUGGCCCAACGAAACUAUCAGCUGCCCAUAGUAAUCAAAAUCUGAACGGAUAUGUUAUGGCCGAUAGUAGUAGUAGUUGCCCCACAAUACCCCAAUAACCAAUGAUCGAUUGCAUUGAAUUGACUUGCAUUGAACUGAAUUGAAUUGAAUUGAAUUGAUUGAUUGAUUGACUUGCAUACCUCAAAAUUCCUCAAACAAACUAAACAAAAAGCAAAACCGAAAACAUGUUUGUUGUUGGGCGAAGAUACGAUCUUGUAAUAACCAUAAAUAAUAAGCAGAGUACAAAAAACCUGAUGAAAAACAAAGAUUUCAAAUCAGAAACAACCUACAAAAGACAACUUUUAAUUUUUGCGUUUAAUAAUUUACCUACUAAAAGUACAGAAUUUAUAUGCCAAAAAAAAAAAAAAAUAUAUAUAUAUAUAUACUUAAAAAUCCCGAACAAAAUUUAUGAAAAUUUAACGAGCAUGAGACGAUGUUAUUGCCGCUGAUGAUGAGACCCACUGGCAGCAUCGAGUCAGCUCUGGUUUCGACCGCCUCGUGGCCUUCGCCAGCACUGAAUUGGAUAAGACCAGGCGAAGCAUCGAUGGCGAUACCGUGCCGGCCUCGAUUAGUUGCAACACGUCUCCGGACUCGGGCAUUACGCACAGCAGCAGCAACUCAGAUGCAGUGCGCACAUUUUUGUCCACCUCGUCCAGCUCCUCGCAGCUGGAGCUGCCCAUAGGAAGCGGUGGUAGUAGCUGCAACAGCCUCUACAACCAUCAUGCCCAGCACAACAACAUUGGCAUUGGCGGCAGCGGAGGCAGCCACCCACAUCAGCAACAGCAACAGUUGCAGGCGCAGCACCAACAGCAGCAGCACCAUCUUUCCGAUCACAUGAGCGACAGUAGCAUGAAAUCCUCGGCAUCCUCCUCGCUGCAUGCUGGUAGCUCCCUUAAGACCGUGUCGCCAGUGGAUCCCAGUGCCAUCGAGUCGCCGCCACUCUCGGACGUUGGAUUGCCCAGAACUCCCAGUCCCAGUGCAGCCAGUGUGGCCACUCCACCACUGGCCAGUGGACCACCCGUGUCCGGGGACUUAGGUGGUAUACCUCUGAAGUACCAGCGCAAGUCCAAGACCAGUUCGGAAAAGCACUACAAAAAGAAGUUCUGCGAAAGAAACUGGGAGUACGACUGUGAUGAACUGCUGGCCUACUCCAACUCCAGUGCACCGCCGACGGCAGCAGAUGCAGCGGGCAAUGGGCCACUUAACUUGGAUGCUCCCAAUACUGUGGGCGGAGCACCUGCACCGCUCUUGGGAAAAUCGGGAAAGUCACCCAAGGAAAAGUCUUCACCGCACCACACGGGCUUAAACCAUCAGCAGCAGCACCAUCACAAGUCAUCCAAAUUUCGGCCAAAGGGCAAGGACUGGGACUGGUCAAUGGACAGUCGGAGCCAAACGGGCGAGCUGCUGGCCGCCAGUAACAACAUGAACAUUAACAACAACUCAGCCACCACAACGAGUAAUUAAUUUAGUAAACUAAUUUAGUUCAAUUUGCUGAAUGGAGCGUGACAGAGAGAAAUCCAGAAAAGUAUGCAAAGCUUUCAUGCUUUUAGCCAGAUUAUUUGUAAAUGGGUCCAGACGGAUCGGAUCCCGGAUCCUCGGAAUUGUAAUGUAUUUGAUAAAAGAUUUUUUGUAAUUUUAACUAAAUGAAUUGUGUAUGACUAGCUAACUUAUUGUAAGGCCCAGCUCUCCAAUUGCCUUGUUUUAUUUGAUAAUUACUAUCCAACAGCUCCCCUUUCACCAGUGUGUUUUUAUUUCAUUAAUAAUUCUAAUUAGUCUAGGGACGUUUUUCGUAAUACUUUAUAACGUUGAACCGGAAAAACGCAACUGCGCUGAUGAACAAUGUUACUGAUUUCUUUGUACCGAUUACCAAUUACUAUGAUUAUGUAUUUAAUUUGAACUAUUGUUUAAUUACGUUUGUCCAUAAGUUGAAUGUUUUGUCUUUAUUAUUUCAAAAUAAAAUUGUAAACUAAUUACACCGAUUUAGUUUUGUGUUCAUUAUUUCUUCUUGUUCGCUUGGUUUUGUUCUAGAAAAGUAAAACAAAAAUGCUGUUCGAGUUUCGCGAGAUUGAAUUGGGACCAACCCUAAAAUUCCAAACCCUUUCCAGUUUUUGAGACGACGAGAUAGAUUGAAGGGAAGUUGCUUCCAUUAAUAAAAUGUACAUAAGGAUAAUAAAAAGUCAGUGUAGCAAAUAUUUACUUUGCGCUAAGUGACUUAGCGAUGUAUUUACAUUUUUGAGCAGCACGUUUACGAUACAGAAAGUAUAUCCAAGUUUGGCACAAGCAAUUUAAAGUUAUCUUUAGAAAGUUUUUAGGCGUUUUUAUUACUUUUAAUUUUUUUAUAUUUCAGCUCGCGUGUAGAAAGAUAGGUAUUCGAUGUACUGGGGUGUUCAAGUAGCAAGCAGUGGAUAUACAAAUACUUUAAAUAAUAAUCGCAAUACAAUAAAACUAAACUGAAGUAGUGGAAUUAGUAACGUAUACAACCAACAUGCAACAUGCAACAUGCAUUCGCAACCGCAACAGCAGCAAAAGCAGAACGACAAGUAACCUUAUAAAUUAAAGAAUUUUCCACCUCAGCGAGAUAAACAACAAUUUUAUAAAUUAUAUUAUAUUAUAGCAGGCAUAUACAAGAUAUAUACAUACAUAUAUAUUAUAUACGAGCAAGCAGUGUGGGAGCUAAAAAUAUCAGGAAACCAAUUAAGCCGUAAACAGAGAAAUAAAUGAUUUACAAGCAUUUAAUAAACAAGCAUAACCCACAAAUAUUUAGCAAAACAUAAAGAACUAUAAAACUUAUAUGAUUAACAGUACUUAUAGCGAAUAAAGGGAAUUUCAAAUGUGCUAUUAGCGUAGUGUAAUAUAUAUGAAUAAUAAAAGAGUAAAUAAAAUAAUACCUACAUACAGUCAAGACAGAAGUUUGUACAUCAAGGCGCAAAAUGAUUUUUAUACGUAAAUUAUUAUACUGAUCCCAACAAAAGUUGUAGGAAAUGAAAUAUUAUUGUGGCGCUAUUGAGCAAGUAAAUAAAUAACAUGUAAAAUGCAUAUAAAAUAAUAUAAUCUUAAAUAGUUAAAUUUACAUGUAAAAUGUAUAAACCGGCAAAGAAAGAACGUAACAGUAAAACUCUCGAAUGGAGAAGAAACAGUGGAAAACAUUAAGUGAGCACACACACGCAUAUUACAAUUAAAGGUAUUAUUAUGUAUAUUUAACAAAUAUUAAUUGCAUAUUAUUAUUUUAAACCUAAACGUUUAAU